UCAGCCUCAAAAUAGGCUGCGCAGUACCAUAGACUCAACAGUUUGAGCUUUAAACAAGGAAACAAAAGACAUCCGAAGAUCCUCUUCAAGACACUUUAAACACUGCAGGACACGAAUAAAGGAGACACUCGCUUUUUAAGAGGACUCGUACAACCUGCAAAGAUGAUUUUCGACAAGUUGAAAAAGUUUGACAUCGUCUUCGACUCUCCGGAGGUGGACUGUCCUCCGGUGUUCAGCAGCGGGGACGUAGUGUCCGGACGGGUGGUGCUGGACCUGUCCGGGGAGAGUCGUGUGGACUCCCUGAAGCUCCACGCAGAGGGUUUUGCUAAAGUGCACUGGACCGAGUCUCGAUCCGCCGGCUCCAGCACCGCAUACACCCAGAAUUACAGCGACGAGGUGGAGUACCUGAACCGGAGAGAGGUGCUGCUGCAGGCAGAUAAUGGCGAAGUCACCAUCCUUCCUGCUGGCAGACAUGAAUUCCCCUUCAGCUUCCAGCUGCCUGAGGAGACGCUGGUCACCUCCUUUGAGGGGAAACAUGGCAGCAUCCGUUACUGGGUGAAAGUGAAGCUUCACAGGCCGUGGGCCACUGUCAAGAAGAUCAAGAAGGAGUUCACAGUCAUCGAGCCCAUCGACAUCAACACACCAGCUCUCUUGGCUCCACAGGCUGGAACGAAGGACAAGAUGGCACGGGCAUGGUACCGCAACUUUGGACAAGUGUCUGUAACUGCAAAGAUCGACCGCAAAGGCUACACACCAGGUGAGGUGAUACCUGUCUUUGCGGAGUUCGACAACUCUACCUCCAGAUCAGUGGUGCCCAAAGCCUACAUCACUCAGACGCAGACUUUCAUUGCUCGUGGCACCAUGAAGCAGAAGCGCUCAGUGGUGGGCACGCUAUGCGGUGAUAUUGUGGGCGCCAGAUCCAGGGAGACAUGGCACGGUCGCGCCAUCAAGAUCCCACCCGUGGGUCCCUCCAUCCUACAGUGCCGCAUCAUCAAAGUAGAGUACAUGCUUAAGGUUUGUGUUGAUGUUCCUGGGACAUCCAAGCUGUGUCUGGAGCUUCCGCUGGUCAUAGGCACCAUCCCUCUCCAUCCCUUUGGCAGUCGCACCUCCAGCGUCAGCAGCCAGUACAGCGUCAACCUGGAGUGGCUGCGCAUGGCCAUCCCAGAGCAGCCUGAGCCUCCUCCAGAUUACAGCUCUGUGGUGACAGAGGAGGAGGCCGAGCAGCGCAACAGUGGAGUGGUCCCACAACCUGCAGAAGACCUGAGUGGGAUCCUUGAGCGCCCCCUCAUGGCUUUUGUCCAAGAGUUUCGCUUCCGACCUCCGCCUGUGUACAGUGAGAUUGACCCCAACCCUCAGCCCUUGAACAUGAGACCUCGCUGCAUGACGUGUUGAACCAUGAGCCCUGCCUGAGUGUCAAGCGACUUAAAUUAAUGGAACAAAUCAAGAGAUUUGUCUUCUCCUGGAUUACUUCUCUCUGAUAAAUGGCACCUGGUCCCACCAAGUGUCGUGGAGGGGGACUAGAGCGCCACGGAGAGGUCAGGAGACGGAGCUCACAGGAACUGGAUGUCAGUGGAGGCCACUUUGUUUCUAAUCCAUAAAGUAAAGUGGACGCUUUCCGGUUCUUUUGCAACGAAAGUCACUUCUCCACAUCGGUUCCUGUCCUCCCCAUGUGAUCUAUGGCUCGUGGUGAAGCGAGCUACAAAUACCUCCCAAUCAAGGAUUCCCUCAUGUGAAGCGCAUUUUGAGUUUUAAGGAGUUUGGGACAUACUGGGGGUGGGGAGAUCACUUGAUAUUUGUCAGGUGGGGAGCUGGAGUUGCACCAGGUGAUUGGAUGUUUAAAAAAACGCUCUUGAUAAGGUGACUCAUGUUUAGAAGCAAAUCGACAUCUUUGAGUGGCGUUAAGAGAAAAGUGCAAUUAUUAUCCUCAGUCUCCAGCUCCUCUUGUCUUGGCAAAACAGUAGAUAUUAACAACUUGCAUUGCUAUGCAUUGUGUGCCUGUGAUGAUUUCUACUGUUACUUAAGCACAUACUGUAUCUGAAAGUGUGACGGUGGAACAAACAAGUCAAGUAAGCAGAUGGAGAUGCAUUUUAUGCAUGCAGGUCACAAUGUGUAAAAGGGAAAAAUACAUAUGCCUUAAUUAUCUGCCGUUAAAGAUUGCAUGAGAGUUUCAGGGAGCCGUUCUCUCAUAAAGAUGAAUAGAGCUGAAUGUAUUCUGAAAGAACUUUUAGAACAAAAAAACGGUUGAUUGUAUGUGGACGAAAUCCAAGAGAAGUGUUGUGUUAAUGCGAAGCUUAAGGCACUGAAGUGUCAGAUAGCCGUGGUUGUUGAUUUUAGCACAGUGAUUAAACAGGAUGAGCAGUUUGUGUAGAAAGCUGCACAAGGUUCAUAGAUUAGCUCUCCCAGCUGCUAAACAAAAGGAGGAGGAGGAGGAGACGGAGACCUCUGAGCCAUGUGGCCUGAAGCUUUUUUGAUGGGAGCCAGAUGCCCCCGAUGCUGUGGGGUGCUUUGUGAAGCUCAACCCGAACACACUGCUCAGCGUUCAAGUCGAGCCUCAAGCUGGAGAUGCCACUGAAACAUAUGGACAAAGAACAUUCCAAAAAUAGAAAAUGAUGCGAGGACUAUGUUUCAUCCUCAGCUUCCAAAUAAACUGUUAGAAGUAUGAAAGAAGCCUUCAGGGUCAGCUGUGCGACUUUGGUGGCACGCACUGAAAAUAACGUAUUUUUAUACAAAUGCAAUUGUUGAUUCACAAUCCUGCCAAAGUUUUGUAAUAGUUUUUUUUUAAUAAAAACA